UUGCUGAAGUUUCAAAGCGGCGCCACGUGUUGAAGGGGACAAACGAGAAUACCUCCUUAAACCCUUCUGCUCUCCUCCUUCUCGGAUGCAGCAGCAGACAUCCAGAUUCGUCAGCAGCUGGCCAUUCAAGAAACUGCCGGGGUAUUAAAUAACGUGUCAAACAGUCCGAAAUUCGUUUAAUCACGCCAUUUCAAAAUUUGGUGGGUAUGCAAUUGAGUGACGCCUUGGAAUCUGGGCGCCCCAUUACAUAAAGCAGACCACAUGGUAAACAUAUUCUCUCUCUCUCUGUGCGACUGCGUGCGCGUGUGGUGUUCAUUUCUAAUGUCUUGAUUGGUGCUAAAUCCAGGAAUCUCCGCGAGGGCUGUCUUGAUUCUUGAGAACAUCACUCCUUGUUUGGGAGAACUUGCUUUUCAGCUAAUGCCCAUCUGGUAAAAGAGCUGAUCUCUUUUGUUGCCCGUUUAAGAAGGUGAUCUUGGUCCUCCUGAUCUUGUCCAGGCGCCACGCAAUAUCGCCUUUCCUGGGUAGUGGCGAUGGAGGAAGGGAAGGAAGCCAUUGCUGUUAGAGCAACCCAAUCUAACUCUAGGGUUUUGCCAUUGCGGGUUCUCCAGUUCUUCGUGUUGUUUCUAUUCGUCGCUCUCGGAUUCUCCGUUGUUAGCAUGUACGCUGCGAAAUAUUUCAAUGUUCAAGGUCGAAUCCUCGUUGCUCCGGUGGCAGAGUCCAACGUAAGACCUUGCUUUGAAGAGUCCGGUCGGUUGUGGAGUUGGAUUAGGCCACCUUCGGAUUUGUUGCAUAACAUGAACGAUUCUGAGCUAUUUUGGCGGGCAUCCUUCGUGCCACGGGUAAAAACUUACCCAUUCAAGAGAAAACCGAAGAUUGCAUUUAUGUUCCUGACGAAGGGUCCGCUGCCACUGGCACCCCUCUGGGAGAGGUUCUUCAAGGGGAAUGAGGACAAGUAUUCCAUCUACAUCCACUCCCAUCCAUCUUACCGUGCCGAUUUUCCACCAACAUCAGUCUUCCACCGGAGACAAAUCCCAAGCCAGGUAGCAGAGUGGGGGAUGAUGAGUAUGUGCGAUGCUGAGAGGAGACUCUUGGCUAAUGCGCUUCUCGAUAUAUCUAACGAAUGGUUUGUCCUGCUGUCUGAAUCCUGCAUUCCUCUACAAAACUUCAGCAUCAUCUAUCUUUACCUAUUGAGGUCCAGGUACAGCUUCGUGGGCUCGUUCGACGAACCUGGGCCUUAUGGAAGAGGUCGCUAUGACGAACAUAUGGCCCCUGAGGUCAACCUCACUCAGUGGCGUAAAGGCGCUCAGUGGUUCGAAGUAAACAGAAAACUUGCUUUAGACAUAGUUGUAGACACCAAGUACUACCCCAAGUUCAGAGAUUUCUGUAGACCGGCUUGUUAUGUGGAUGAACAUUACUUUCCCACGAUGUUGUCAAUUCAGUCCCCUCAUCUUUUGGCAAAUCGGACCCUCACUUGGGUGGACUGGUCGAGGGGUGGCGCUCACCCUGCUACAUUCGGGAAGGCCGAUAUAACCGAAGAGUUCUUCAAGAAGAAAAUUACUGAGCGUGGCACAUGCUUUUACAAUAACCAACCUUCUUCACUGUGUUUUCUCUUCGCCAGAAAGUUUGCUCCCAGUGCUUUAGAACCCCUUCUUGAUCUCGCAGCAUCAAAAGUUUUUGGCUUUUGAUGGAUGCUCUAGACUAACGAGACAGAUAUAGAAAUUUGUCUACCAGUAGAAGUUCUAUACUUUAUAAGCUGAGUCAUUGAUGGCUACAAGUCCAUUGUAUUAGUAUCAAAAUUGAGAGGCUGUUUUGUAUGUUGCAAGUAUUCUUGAUGUACAUAGGUUAGAAAGAAGGUAGCAUCUUGGCUUACCUUGGAUUUUGGUUCUAUAUCAGAUUUAUAUUCACGACCCUCAUGUUGGAGGAAACACAAUGUGCAAUGAGAUCUUGAUGAUACAGAAUAGGAUUGUUUGCAUCUUCUGGGUACGGCAAUGUUGUUCCUUAAUCUUA